AUGUGUCCCUCCCCAGGGGCAUCGGCCGCAGUAAGGGGCAUCGGCCGCAGUAAGGUGACGCUGUUGGGGUACGGCCUCCUCACCGCAGACGCCCAGACCCUGGUCCAGGCCCUGUCCUCUCAGAGGUUCUCAGUCAUCCUGGUGGACGAGGCUCAUUAUCUCAAGUCCAGGACCUCAGCCCGGUCCAAGAUCCUGGUCCCGAUGAUCCAGAGGUCCAAGAGGGCGGUCCUGCUGACCGGGACCCCCGCCCUGGGGAGGCCCGAAGAGACGAACUGGGACCUAUUUGAACAUCAAGACCUGGAAAUGUUCACAGAGGCAGUGCUGGACUAUAUCAAGUUCUGCAUGGGCAAUGUGACAGUGAACAAAACCAUCCGGGUUUUUCCAAACCAGAAACCCUGGAUGUCUAAACAGGUCCGCACACUUCUCCAAGCUCGUGAUGCUGCCUUCAGGUCUGGCGACAGAGCGCUAUACAGUGCCGCUCGAGCUGACCUGGAGAAGGGAAUCAAAAGAGCUAAGAAAGAUCAUAAGAGGAGAACAGAGUCCCACAUGUCCAGCAACAACCAUAGAGAAAUGUGGAGGAGCAUCCAAAACAUUACCAACUAUAGAGGCUGCAGUGCUACAGCUACAGGACUGAGCGCGACACUAGCAGAGGAGCUUAAUUGCUUCUUUGCUCGUUUUGAUAACCCCCCAUCUGCUCCUGGCCUGAACUCACCACCAUUGGGUCGCUGUGUUACUCCAGCCCUGCUCCCACCUUUACACCGCUCUGACACUUCCCCUUUCACUGUUCAGGAGCACGAGGUUAGAAGGGUGCUUCUAUCCGUGAACCCCAGGAAGGCCACGGGCCCUGACGGAGUACCGGGCAAGCACCUCCUCCCUCCCCCACCCUCCUCCUCCCCCUCCUCUCUCCCCCACCCUCCUCCUCCCCCUCCUCUCUCCCCCACCUCACCCUCCUCUCUCCCCCACCUCACCCUCCUCUCUCCCCCACCUAACCCUCCUCUCUCCCCCACCUCACCCUCCUCUCUCCCCCACCUAACCCUCCUCUCUCCCCCACCCCCAGCCUCCUCUCUCCCCCACCUCACACCCUCUCUCCCCCACCUCACCCCUCCUCUCUCCCCCACCUAA